UGAGACAUCAACCAGCUGCCAGAAGAUGGCCCCCUUGCCUCUGUUGUACAAUAAAAUGAUAUAUUUCGCAAUGAGUUUCGGACGAAGGCAGAAAAUGCCCGGAUUAGAUCAUAAACAACCAUGGAUCCGCAGAGAUGGUGACACUCAAGGUUGUAUAUCAAGUGCAUUUUAGAACAUCGUGUUCAGAAUAAAAGGGAUAUGGAUUGAGCUGGAUGACCGUUCAGCUGAUUGUCAACAACGAACCUUUCUUUGCUUUACAGCGGGACAGUAUCUUGCAUGUGGUAUUGAAGAGGAGAGGAAAAAGCUUCGUGGUGACCUGCUAGAGGGAUUUCAAGGACCAGGGAGAGCCCCAAACAACUCCAAACAAGGAGGCCAGAACACAGGGAGACCAUAAAAACAAGGAGAUUGAGAGUAGCCUAAACCAAAUCCAUGUUUCUAGACAGAAUCCAGUCCUAGUAGGUGGCAGCCAGCCACCUCCCUCCUGUGGGCCCGACCCACCUCUUGGGAACCAGUGAGUUGGUGGAGAACAACAUUGUGAGGGAGAGGAUGGGCAACAAGAGCACCAGCCCCCCCAGAGACCCAGACACUGAGAAGACUCAGAGAGAGGAGGCAAACAACACAGAGACUGCCUCAGGAAGUGCCCCCCCAGGCCCCAGUCCUGACCUGCUAGCCUCACUACAGUCUUUGGGAGAACACAGUGACCACACACUGCUGCCACAGACUCUACACCAGAUAGCGGAGGCCUACUCCCUGGAAGAGGAAUAUCAGUGGGCAGUGCAGUUCCUGCAGCUGGAGAGGCUAUAUCAUGAGCGCCUCCUGUCUAACCUCACUGCCCUGCAGGAAGACUGGGAGAGCCAGUGUAGAAAGUGUAACAGAGCAGCGGAGAGCACCUCACCAGGUGAAACCAACAGCAUUGGACAGGAACACAUAGAAAUACUGAGCCAGAUCUGCAGGACGCACCAGAGGCCAAUGCUUAGUGCGGGAAAGAGCAUGGCAGACACAGCGUUGAAAGACAACCACAACACCAAGGAGCAAUGUGAGAGGAAUGAGAGAGAAUCACCAUCCCACCAUGGAAAAGUCAGAGGCAGCAACCCUGUAAGACAGGGUGAGGAGGAUUUUGAGCAGACCACGUCAACAGGAGCUGACUCUGCCAUGGUUGAGGAGGAGGAGGGAGGAGUGGUGGAGGGAGGAGUGGACGAGAUGGAGGCGGAAGGGCAGGAGGUGGAUGAAGAGGAGGUGUUUGAGGAGAGUCCAGAAGAGGAGGUGCAGGUGGUGGAGUGGCCAGCGGGGGUUCCCCAAGCCUCAGCCAAAGACCUGGUCAAACUCUCUCAUGUGGAGGAGAGCUCCUCACCAGAUGGCCUGGUGUCCAUUCUGAAAAGGAGGAGGGCGUCGUUAGAUGGCCUGCCCCCAGAGGGUCCCGAUGCAGCCAAACAGAACUCCAAACGCAAGGUGCGCUUCAGCGAGCCAGAGGAUGGCAUGGAACCAGAGGAGGUGGGUGGAGACUCUUGUUUGAUCCUGCUGUUGUUGUGCUUAGUAACCGUGGUGAUCAGUCUGGGCGGGACUGCUCUGUACUGCACCCUAGUGGACACCUACAGUAGUAUCUGCACCGACUUCUCUCACAACGUGGACUUUUACGUGGUCCAAGUACGACACUUCCUGGACGGGCUCAGACACUGGCUGUCCAUACGCUCAUAGUCAGCACAGUCUAUCGGAGCAGUAAGGACAUACAGUCAGUCGCCUGCUGCAGCAGUAUAUGGACUUAUACAGAAGCCCACCUACUGCUACAGUCUAGGGACUCUUAUGAAACUCUAGGAGGAAGACAAGCAAAAAUAUACUGUAAGACUGGUAACACUAUUGGUUGGAGAGAAUGCUUUAGGUGAAGUCAGACACUGGCUCCCCAAACUGUCCAAGCCAGGGAAUAGAUUCACUAUACUGUAUGAACUGCUCUGAGACUGAGACAAGAUGGAGCACCUUACCCUAGUCCCAGUAUGAAUUAGAGAAGGUCAUUGAAGUUCUGGGAUAGGGUCUGAAAUAGAGUGAACGGGCUUGUGAGCAUUGAUGUAACAGGAGGCACAGGUGCAGACAUUUUGAACUACUGACAUUUCAUAUGCAGACCAAACUGUUUCCGGAACACUGCCUCCUCUUGUUUUUGACCAGAAGUUUUUAACCUCGAGAUGGACACAGCACAAAAGAGCUCCCAAAAACACGCAAAGGAACAAAACACAGCAUUGUAAAGUAUAUUCUAGUUGGAUUUUUUAUUUUAAAAAAAUAUAGGUUUAUCUGAAUUUGUAAAGAUGUUUAUCUGAAAAACAGAUACAAUUCAGAUAAACCGUAAAGAUGUUUAUCUGAAUUUGAAAGCCUCGUGGUAAAAUUUGGGGUACAGUAUGCCAAUAAAAAAACAGACAUUUUGGGGGAUUGAAAGGACACUUUUUUUUUUAUUAUCAACAUUUCUGUGUUUUUCAUGACAAGUCUUCUCGACUCCUUGACUUGUCAAAUGUAGCCUACACGUUGUACAUUUUACAGCUGUUUUUGUACAUGGAGACAUGGGUUUAGAAUUGCUCUUACAUUCCUCUGAAGGUACGCAAGGUUGUUGACCACUGCAAAUGAAAGUCAUUUGGGAAGAAUGGCUCUCUGGAAUUGGCACAUUGUUAAGUCAUUUGUUGAAAACAGAGUAAUAUCAAUACAAAUAUGCAUGAAAGAUACUGUAUGUAUGGCUCUUGGUAUGACAAUAUGAACAAGGUUUAAUGUUCAUACAGCAAUGCAUUUAAAUGUAGUCAUGAUAUUCAGUACUUGUACUGAUUACUCCAAUAUUUCAAGAACAUAUGUUAACUUUUUUGUGCUGGUCAAUAUUGUUAUGUAUUGUAACCAUACAUUUGUCUUUUAUUCUAUGUGUCUAUUUUAACGUAUUGAAUACAAAUCCAUUUCCUUGCUUUGGUGAAUAAACUUUGUUUGCUUUUUAUCUA